CAGCCAGUAACUAAAACUGUAAACAGCGAACAUCUUAAUGGGAAGGUAACAGGACGUCCCAGUAGCUCAGACUACUGUCAGAAGUUUUGGAACUUAAAAGUACUUGGAUGAGUUAAUUAAACGGUACUUAAAAAUGUGACAUAAAACCAUGGCGCCUCUGUUUGGGUUUGCAUCUCAAAACCACUGGAGCAUACGGGCCAUAAACUGAUUGAGAUAUAUGAUGCCAGCACAUGAUUACUGUGAUCAGGUCCAUAUAAUAUGGCUUUAGACUACAGAAACAGAAGCAACAUCAAUGCUACAGUGGAUGGCAAUGUCACAUCCUCCCACGAUCCCAAGUAUCCUUCUUGGGAAGACUUUAGCAGUGUGGAAGAAGUGCAAUAUGCCCUUAUUGGACUGUACACAUUUGUAAGCCUUCUUGGCCUUUUAGGAAAUGUACUUGUUUUAGUAGUGCUGGUCCGGAAAUGGAAACAGAAAACAAUGAUGAACUUUCUUGUUGGAAAUUUGGCUUUUUCUGACAUACUGGUUGUGUUGUUUUGUUCACCAUCUACUUUGACAUAUGUUUUGUUGGACCAGUGGAUAUUUGGUGAACUUAUGUGUCACAUUGUACCAUUCAUACAGUGUGUGUCAGUCAUGGUUUCAACUUUAAUGCUUAUGUCCAUUGCCAUGGUUAGAUAUAUAAUGGUAAAGCAUCCCCUUUCUAAUCAUUUGACAGCAAAUACUGGCUAUCUUGUACUAGGAAUUACUUGGGGUCUUGGAUUUGCAAUCUGUUCUCCUCUCCCUGUGUUUUACAAAACUGAAGAUCUCAGCCAAGCUUUUAACUUACAGUCUUGGAGUAACAAAUACUUGUGUAUCGAGUCCUGGCCGUCAGGUAAAUAUAGAAUAGUAUUCACUAUGUGCUUACUCUUUAUUCAGUACAUACUGCCUUUAGCCUGCCUUAUUAUCUGCCAUGCUAUUGUGUGCAGAAGCAUAAGCUCCAGAGUUCUAAACAGGGACACCAAAAUGGAAGAAAAUGAAAUGAUAAAUUUAACUCUUCACCAGCCUGAGAAAAAUGGAUCUCAGCCACAGAUUUCCCAUGUAAGGCGCUGGAGCUAUUCAUUUGUGAGAAAACAUAAGAAACGCUACAGCAGAAAGUGUGCUAGUGUGGUGCCAGCAAUGUCAAAGAACCAUCGAGGAGCUUCUAAUUCUGGUGAACUUCUAAGGAUUCCUGCCACAACAAGUGAUCAGAAUUCCCCAUCAGGUUUGUUUUUACCUGGAGUCCCUGUUUGCUUUGACAUAAAACCUGAAGAAAGUAGUAAGUCAGAGAAGGCAUUGACAACUACAAAACCUGUUUCUCGGAUGAAGAAGCGAUCCAGAAGUGUUUUUUACAAACUAACUAUUAUAAUACUUGCCUUUGCUGUUAGCUGGCUGCCACUUCAUCUCUUCCAUCUUGUGACAGACUUUAAUGAAAACCUUAUCUCAAACCAGCAUUUUAAGAUAGUCUACUGUACCUGUCAUUUGCUGGGUAUGCUGUCUUGCUGUCUUAAUCCAUUAUUAUAUGGAUUUUUAAAUAAUGGCAUCAAAACUGAUGUACUUUCUUUGGUUAAAUGUUGUCACUUGGCAUGAUGAGACUUAAUGUUUAAAAAUAUGGGUUGAAAUGCACCAUUAAUUCAUCUGUCAGAAAUGACAUGAUGAUUUUAAUGAUAUUUGUACUCUAGAUUAAUGACGUGGAGAGGAUUGUUUAAAGAAAGGGUUCCACUCUUUUGCCAGGUGCCAAAGUCUGUUUAUCAUGAUAGUUCAGGUAGUAUAUAGCACAGCAUUUAUGGUGGAGUUGUCUGUGGACAAGCAGCAGACUUGAUUACAUUGGUAUAAAAGGAACGUGCUGUAAAUAAAUAUGUGAGGGACUAACAGAGUGUUCAAGUUCCUGAAAUAAUGCAGUCUUAGAACCACAUUAUAAGAAAAGUGCUGAGAUACUAGUUUCUUUUCUCAUUUUGUGCAAACUUUUUCACACGGGAAAGUGAACAGUGUAUUAUAUGAUGUUUUGAGAGGUAUGUAACUCUAAACGGUCAUGAAACUUAAGUGGCUUUGGAAAAAUCUGUGUCUAAUAUGUAUGAAUCUAAACCAUUUUUAGAAAAUAGGUGCAGCUGGUCCUUUGCUGGCUGCAUAAAACUCUAGCCCGAACUUACAGUCAUGCAGUUUCUGGAAACAUCCUAACAAAUGGGUGCUGCAUGUAUUCACUACAAGAAUAUACAGUAGAAGUUUCUGUUUAUUUAACAAACAAUAUUACAGUACAUGCACCUAUCUUUAAUCUAAUGAGAUGUGUAUUUUAUGUCUGAGCUGUUUAUUGCUUUUUUACUAAUUUUAUAUAUAGUAAGGAAGUUUGGAUUGUGCAGCUUCAUAAGAAAAGCUUUUGAAUGGAACACAAGUGCAAUGUCAGUUACAGAUCUGUGUUUGAUGGCGUGCUACAGAAAACUCUCAUUUGUACCUGAUCUCGGUACCUGUAAGACAAAAUGUAUUCUAACUAGGAAACUCAUUCCUCCUGCAGGGCAAACAUUAAGUACCCAGUGCAAACCAUGAUAAUAAUUUUGGGCUUUAGUGGCUUGCUUUCCAGUCAUCUUGCCAAUAAAAAAAAUAUAGCUUUGUCCAGCACAAUAACCUCCCCACUACCGCAGUCAUGACUAUCAUUAAGUUGUUUAUAAUAUGCACAUUCUAUGAGUUUAUCUACAAGACCAAUAGCACAGCACCUGCCUAUAAGUGCACAGUGAAAUUCAUAGGUAAAAUGAGUUUUUGUUUUCAUUUUGGCUGAGUUAUCACUGAGUGAUACAGCUGUUACUGAGGUUGUCACUAGACAGUCACAAAAUGAAAUGCCUAAUUGCAUUUGGUGGAAUAUAAUGCUAUAUUUUAUGUACUUCUUUCUUGUAACCACAGCUUUUCUGGUUCUUCAUCUAAACCAGAAUACAGGAAGAAUUAACUGGUAUGAAAUGAACACAUGGCAUAGCAAUGAUUUAGUUAGGCAGUCUUCAGAGUGUGGUAUAACUUGUGUCUCAUACUAACCUCCCCCCAAAAAAGCAUACUCCUCCCUUAUUUCUGUUGUUAAAACAUUCUUGCUUUAUUUUGAUUUUCUAUUUGCAGACUGUUGAUACAUAUAAGUUAUGAACAGUGACUUAAGUAGUCUCACUAAGUGAUGUUUAAUUGACAUCUCAGAUGCUCAGGUAAGAGCCGCCCUCUCCAAAGCAAAAAACACAGCAUCAAUGGGACCAGACGG